AUGGUACCACCAAAAAAGAGUGUUAAAAUGGACCUUAACUCGUUCCUGAACGAUGAGUCGUUCGGUGAAUCGUGGGCCGAGGACGAAGUCGAUUUGGAAAAGAUCAACAUCCCAAUCCAAGGAGCUAAACUGGGCGGCAGACCGGGAUUGGACUCUAUGGGUGGCCUCGGUGGUGGCCUCGGCGGAGGUAAGGGCUCACGCUUGGACCCUGCUUUGGCUCCAGAACGUUCCGAGAGAGUGCAGUACGACAUUCCAAACUACCCUCCAUACAGAGCUGUCAUCAACAACCUUCCCUGGGACGUUGCCGAGGAAGGAAUCAAAGCGUGGGUUGAAGAUGGUUUGAAUAGACCAGGUGCCGUGCAAGAUGUGGCUGCUCCAAGAGACUAUAAUGAGCCCUCCAGACUCAAGGGAUUUGCAUUCGUAACGUUGUGUGAUCGUGAAGCCCUUGAGGCAUCCCUUAGGUUCAAUGCCACCAAGUUGAACGAACGUACCGUCUACGUUUCUGUUGCUGCUCCUAACAAGGGAGGCUUCAGAGGCGGUGACAGAAUGGGCGGUGGUUUCGAUGACAUGGACUGGGGUGCCGCCAGAGGUUCGAACUUCCAAGGUUCUGAGAGAAGAGAAGAUCCAGAUUUGGACUGGGGCCAAGCUCGUGGUUCCGGCUUCCAAGCGUCUGCCGAUAGAAGACCAAGAAGAGAAGAUCCAGACUUGGACUGGGGUCAGGCCCGUGGCUCCGGCUUCCAAGCUUCUGCUGAAAGGAGACCAAGAACAGAAGAAGCGAACUUGGACUGGGGCUCCGCUAGGGGCUCUGGCUUCCAAGCUUCUGCCGAAAGAAAGCCAAGAAGAGAAGAGCCAGAUCUAGACUGGGGUUCCGCCAGGGGUUCCGGCUUCCAAGAAAGACCAGCCAGACUUGAAAGAAAACCCAGAGAUGAACCAGAAUUAGACUGGAAUUCUGCUAGGGGUGCCAAAUUCGGCCAGCCUCGUGCUAGCCCAAGAACCACUCAAACUAGAAACGCUAAGGCCUCUCCAGCUACUGCCACGCAGGAGACUCCUAAGAUUCAAAAAUCAUCUUAUGAUAUUCUGUCAGCGGAGGAUGACGACGAAGAAGCUGCUCCAUCGGACUCUACCCAGAAGGUGGCCGAAAAAAAAAGUGAAGUGGCCGAACUGGAACAAAAAACCGCCAAGCUGACUGUUAGCGAAGACGAGGGUCAAGAAUGGGAAACUGUGGGUAAGAAAUAA